ACUUAACCAAAUGAUAACACCCACUUUACAUGUACUAACCUAACGCAUAUACCUCUACAUCCAUUCUCCUCUCCGUACCUAAUAAAAAGAUAGUUGGACAAACAAACCACUUCAGUUAAUUCGUUUUUUAUUUCAUGUUUUCAUUUCCAUUCUGUUGCUACCCCCCUUUGUGACGCGAAGUACCCCCAACCUAGGCCGCACACACGACUUGUCUCUUCUUCCUCAUCUUUCUACUAGACUGUGUCACACAAAAUUUUUAUAGCUUGUCCCAUUUGGCAAAAAAAUUUAAUCCUAAUUCCUUACACUUGGACAAAAAUGGGACGCAAGAAAUUUGACGACAACUACAUAUCGAAGGACCACAUCAAUGAGUUGUUAAAUUCGCCAAACAUAAUUUAUGAAAAUCCGGACUUUUGGGACAACUCUAUCUUCAACGCGAAACCGUCUCGUACGGACAGGCUUCUGUAUCGAAUAGAAUACAUGCGGGACGGGACAGCCAUAUACUACAAGCGGACGCUGGGGGACUUCAAGAAGUUCUUCUGUUGCUUCUAAUAUGAGAAGGAUUUGGCAGCAGCUCGGGCGCAGAGGGCCCCGUGUCUGUUCGCCUCCUCGUCGGCCAUGUCUCCUUUGAAUUUUGGAUUUUGAACUUUACGCUUUUAACUUUGCCUUUUUGUCGUUACACUUUGAUCUUUCCAUUUUUGCCUCUCCUAUUUUUGCCUCUCCUAUUUUUACCUCUCCUAUUUUUACCUCU